AUGCUCAAGGACGCAAAGCUGGGUGCAUCCACCCGCCUGGGUGCGAGGGAGCCCGGGCACACGGGGAGGGUCCGGUGGGGGGCUGAGGUGCCAUGGGGCAGAGCAGGGAAGGACGAUGUUGGGGGGCAGAGCCCCCCAAGAUGGCUGCGCCGCCCGCCCGGGCAUGGGGCAGCGCAACGGUUAAGCACAAGAGGUUGCGCCGGGGCUGCCGAGGAAGAGGAAAUCUCGGCAGGAACAAGGACGGGGAAAGGCCCAGGGCAGGGGGCCGGCGGCGUAGCCGGAACGUGCCGGGACGAGGAGGAUGAAGACGAGGAUGAGGAUGAUGAGGAGGACAUGGCGGGGGACGCCGACGACAUCCUGUGUUAUGAGGAGCGCAUUGCUGGGCUGCUGACGACGGUGGCCCGGCUGCACCGGAGAGCCGAGCAGCUGCAGCGCCGCAUGGGCAGGGAGGAUGAGGAGGGCUGGGAGGGCACCGCCAGCCUCCCUGCUGCCAACCCACAGCCCCGGCGCAUCGACGGCACGCGCGACGCCGCCAGCAGCCUGGAAGCCCACGGCCCCGACCUCUUCGCAGACCUGCAGCACGCCGUGAGCUCGCUGGAGCGCGCCGUCUUCUCCCGGCACCGGUGGGCACCGGCGCAGCCUUUGCCCGGCGAGGAGUGGACGCGGGCAGCCAAGAGCCUGGAGCAGCUGGAUUGGACACCGGGCUGGGCCGGGAGGACGACGUGCCGGGGCCUGGAGGAGGGAGCAGGCGAGGGGCUGCCAGUGGAGGAGGCAGCGGUGGCGGCGGCAUCGGCGAGGAACGCGGCACUGCGGGCAGCCCUGGGGCGCCGGGACGAGGAGCUGAACCGGGUGACCACCUCGCUGCGGGCGCUGCAGGGGGACCGCGACCGGCUGCAGCAGAAGAGCGGCUCCCGCGGCUCAGCCCCAUGCUCGGCGCAGGUCCAGGACCUGCGGGAUGCUCUGUCCAGGCUGGAGGAGCCGGGGGGCUCCGGCAGUGACAGCCCUGGGCUCGGCAGCCCCCCAGGGCAGGAGGAGCCCCGGCUGCCCCAGGACUUGCCCCAGUGCAGCAAUGGCGCUCAGCCCCACGGUGUGCCGCCCCACAGCCCCCUCUCCCCCCAACCCUCGGAGGGUGCCAGCCGGGAGCAGGAGGAGCGGGUGCAGCAGCUGCAGGGGGGAGGGUCCCUGGGGAGGCUGCAGGAGGUGAACCGGCAGCUGGCGGCUGCGCUGCAGGAGUGCAAGAGUGAUGCGGAGCGGCUCAGCAUGGUGCUGGGCCAGCACGAGUCCUGCAGCACCGCCCUGCGCCUGGCCCUGCGCUGCAGUGAGCGCUGUGGGGGGGCCUACGCCGCCCUCCUCGACCUGAUGCGGGCAAAGCUGGGCAGGGAGGAGGAUAGUGCCCAUGGCGGAGCCAGAGGGGAGCAGAGCCCGGGACACAGAUGGGGGUCCAGCCCCACGCCGACGGAGGGGCCGCAGUUCCCAGGCCGAGCAGAGCCAGAUGGCCAGGAGAGCGGAGAGAGCGGCUCCCCCAGCAUCCCUGCACCCCACGGGAUGGAGGAGGGGGCCCUGCGUGAGCACAUCCGUCAGCUGCGUGCAGAGCAGGCGGCCGUGGAAGCGUCCCUGCACGAUGCCCCGGGACCCACCAGCACCCACCGCAGCGAGGACGUCCGAGCCCGGGCUGAGCAGGUGCUGCGGGAAGCCAGGGCUCUCCUGCCUGGCUGGAGGCGACCGGAGAAAGCGGAGCUGUUGCAGGAUUUGGCGAUGCUCAAGGAGGCCAUGGCUGACCUGAAGACUCAGCUACAGCUGGCGGAGAGGGAGAAGCGGGGCCUGGAGGUGCUGGUGGCCGGGCAGGGGCCGCGGGAGGCUGCGCUGCGCCUGGUGCUCCAGCACCUGGAGCAAGAGCGGGACAGGGGGCCCGGCCACCCCCCCAGCCUCCCCAGCAGCUCCAGCAGCAGCGAGGAGGAUGCCCAAACCGGCCGGGUGGGAGCAGCGGCUCCUCAGCACCCUCCGGACCCAGAGAGGAUGGGGGAAGAACUGCUCCGCACCCUGGCCCGGGUGGAGGAGCUGUGCACCCGAGCACAGGCACUGGUGCUGUCCCUGGAGCAGAGCAGCGCCGUCAGCCGCGCACAGCAGGCGCAGUGCGUCACCGCCACCGCAGACUUCUUCCACGCUCACAGCGCGCUGGCCCUGGCGUACCGCGGUGCCCGUCGGAAGCAGGCAGCCCAGCUGCGGCGGCUGGAGGUGCAGGCAGGAGCCCUGCGCAGGCAGCACGCCCGGCGGGUGCAGGCACUGACCCGCAGGCUGCAGACCCUGGAGCAGGGGAUGGCCGGCAGCGAGACCUGCAUCUAG